CUGUCUGGAGCCGCUGCUUGGGGGGGUGGGGGGUGGGGGAAUUGUGCCGGUUCACAAACACCUAAAGGCACCGGCCUUUGCAGAGGCCAGAUGAAGAACCUGUGAACAUGUACCGGGGAAGGACUCUGCCUUUCACAUCAGCGGAUUCCCCAGACACUUGGACGAAAAGAAAGAUGGAAAGGACUGAAAAGAACUUGAGCCAGGCCCGCUGUGCAGCAACCAAUCAGUGAGCCAAACGGAGACUCUCCAUACGACACGUCACUGAGCCUCCAACCCUCUCCUUUGAACCCCACCUCCCCCUUGACUUCUGAGAACUAUGACCUCUGAACUGGAGAGCAGCCUGACCUCCAUGGACUGGCUCCCCCAGCUCAGCAUGAGGGCGACUAUCCAAAAGGCAGAUGCGGGAGGGCACCAUGGGCACCACCACCACCAUCAUGGACACCACCUCCACGGGCACCACCAUCCGGGACUCCACGGGCACCAGCAUCCAGGGCAUGUGCCGGGCAAGAAGGGGUCCCAGCUAGACCCCGGCACCACGCUGGACCAGGAAGAGGUGGCUCAGCAUAGGGACGGCAAGCCACCCUACAGCUACGCCAGCCUCAUCACCUUCGCCAUUAACGGCUCGCCACGCAAACGGAUGACCCUCAGCGAGAUCUAUCAGUGGAUCUGUGACAACUUCCCCUACUACCGGGAAGCGGGCAGUGGCUGGAAGAAUUCCAUACGGCACAAUCUGUCCUUGAACAAGUGUUUUCUCAAAGUGCCUCGCUCCAAAGACGACCCCGGAAAAGGUUCCUACUGGGCCAUAGACACCAACCCUAAAGAGGAUAUUGUGCCCAGCAGGCCGAAGAAGAGGCCGCGCUCUGGAGAAAGGGCAUCCACCCCCUACAGCCUUGAGUCAGAGUCUCUAAGAAUGGAUUGCAUCAUGUCAGGAGGAGCCUCCCCCACGCUGGCCAUCAACACCGUUACCAACAAGGUGGUGCUGUAUAACCCCGAAGUGGAGGGCAGUGAGAGUCCUGGUAGUUUGGGAGGCAGCCUCAGUAACAGCCUGUCUGACCAGAGCCUGGCUUCCCUAAACCUCAACACUGCUGUCAGCACUGGCAGUAAUGUGCACAGCUACACACCGGUGAGUAGCCACUCGGAGCCCUCAUCACAGGCCCUGAGCCUCCAGCAGCCCGCCCCUCCUCCCCCGCCACGUCCCCCUCCCCUGCCCCCGGCUCCCCCCCAACCCCAGUACGGGGUGCCGGUGCCGGAGGUGAGGGAUAAGCAUGCCUGCUUCUCCGACUUUGAGGACCUCAGCGCCUCCUUCCGCAGCCUCUACAAGUGUGUCUUUGAGCACUCCUUCUCACAGCAAGAUCUGAUGGGUAUGCCCAGUGAGUCAGGGCAGCAGGGCCGGUCUGUCUGCUCUUAUCAGCCAUCCCCGGGCACGGUUGGAGGAGGCGGUGGCGGUGCCCACCACCACCAACACAACCAUGGCCAAGCGCCGCACCACCCUCACCACCCCCCACAGCAGCACCUCCCACCUCACUCCACCCACAGCCAGCACCAAGCGCACAGUCAGCAUGGACCGCACCAACAGCACUCCAACCAUUCCCAGCAACAGCACUCGUCCCUUGCCCACCACAGCCACACUGGACCACCCUGCUCCGGCGCUGGUAUGUCAGCAGACUGGUACCCCAACCUGGACUGGCUGAAGGAAAGCUGCCGCAUAGCCACCAGCUACAACUGGGCCGAUGUAGACCUUUCUCCCUUUCAAGGCCUAAAAGAGAGCAUGAGGCAGGCUGAACUCAACAACUGGUCGCUUGACCCAGCCCAGAUGGCAGACCUCUGUUCCUCCAUCAACCAGUUCUUCACGGCCACGGGGGUCAUCCCUCCACAGGGGGCAGUCCAGUCUCAGCCGCAGGCCCAACACCGGACAACACCACCAGCAUCCCAGCACCCAGCCCAGCCUCAUGGGGCAAUGCAUUCCAAGGCUACCCAGCACACUCAACAUGGGCAACACAACCAGCAUAACCAGCACAUAGGCUCGGGGAGCAUGUACAUGGACUCAAGACAGAACAUGGCUGCUAUGAUGGGCCCACCAGGUUACCCUCACAUGCCCCCCAUGAGCAACACAGGCCCCACCAUGACAGGCCACCAUAGCCAGCUGAGUCAGCAGCCACAGCACAUGCUGCCUCAGGGCCACUUCCAGAUGAGACGUCUGCCAGCUGCUGACGACAUUCAGGACGACUUUGACUGGGACUCCAUCGUAUAGACCGACCCAAGAGGAUGGAGCAGAGGACAGUAAGGCGAAGGAGUGGGAGAGAGGGCACAGAAAUUGAAGAAGACAGGUGAGACCUACAACUGAACAACCUGCCACCCUAAUUUGUCCGAGAGAGAAACUGAAGACAAUCCAAAAAGGAACAAAAUGUAACAUGAUUUUUCUCUGUCCUAUAUGUCUUUUUUUUCUUUUUCUUAAUGAAUCUAAAGACAAUCAAGAAAAUAGUGAGACCUAACAGGCUUACAGUGUUGGGCAAGCCAAGAUGUAGACAUUGUCCCAAAAAAAAAAGGACAUUUGAAGCAUUUGAACCAGAAUUGUCUCGUCUCGUGUCCCCCAGUGCCAUCAGGGUUUACAAGUCGCCAAAGUGUUAAAAAAAAAAAAGUGAAGCGUUGUAACUUUUCAUUUGUUGUGCCUCAGAGCUUUUCCCCCGCCUGGAAUGUGUGUGUCCUAUAUGUGCACAAAUUCAUGACAUUGAGCAUAUUGCCAACAGAUUAAAAAAAAAAAAUUCUCCUUUGUCAAGACUCUUUCCAGAAGUGGUGUGUUACCCUUGCUACACACACAAAGGCCCAAAGAUGAAAGUUUCCAGUACUUUCCAUCAAGUAACAUAAUCUAUAGCUGUCUUUUGUUUGUCCUUUCAUAUACUGUGAGGGGGAGGAUUAUCUUUAAUGUAUAAAAGGAAUGAGAGGUGAAUAGAGCACCACCUUGUGGAGGAAAAGCCUCUGUGCUGCUGUUUAGUUUAACGUCUACAGUUUUGUGUCAUGCAGACAAACUACGUUACGGACGGAUUUCUUCCUAGAGAAAUUAGUUUUAAACAACUGUAUUGUUUGUCUCUAUUAUCUUCUGUGGAUCAUCCUGUUUUAUUGCUAGACAGGUAUUACAAACUUUAAAAAAAAAGACUCUCAGUGUUGAUAAUUUAAAUACCAUUACCUUCCAUAAGCUACUCGUAAAUUGCCACAUAGCGACAUCAAGUAAAAUUUAACUCCCAUAUCCUCUCCAACUGGUUUUGUCCAGAGCCGGUACAUUAAUAUCACUGUGUGUGUGUGUGUGUGUCUGUGUGCUUGAGCAAACCACCCUACCAGUAUGUCUAUGGUGCCACAUUCUCAGGGUAUUACUUUCAUCUCUCAUGUCUGAACAACAAAAAGCCAUCUAGUGUCUCUGUAUUGUGUAUGUGAUGUGAGGUUGUGACCACUAUCUGUUGGUGAGGAAAGUGCUUCAGGGUUUUUAAUUUGGUUGGAAGGAAGGAGGGGCCAUGAACACAAACCUCCAUGAGUUGCUCUGUGAGCUAACUGAUAUGAUAUGACGGGUGCAACACUACAUUAAGAUAGAAAAAAAAUAGAUUGGAUUAGACUACGCACGACUAGGACUGAGAAUUGGACUCGAGGAUUUUUUUGUUUUUUGUUAUAAGUAAGCAUUUUGUUAUAAGUAAGCAUUUUGAGCUAUACGGAUGAUGAAAAGAGCAGUGCAUUAUUUGUAACUGGAAUAACAAUUAGUUUCAUUAGGAAAGUUGAGGAAGAUUUGCAGUUGCCUCAUGUAGGAUAGCAGAAGAAAAGCAGUUUUUGCACAAUGUAAAGCUUGGUAUUGUCUGAUGGAGAAAAAAAAUUGUUUCUGUUUUUUUUUUUUUUUAACUUUUUUCUUUUUGUCUUUGAAAAAAAUGAUUGACCAGUGAGGGAACAAAGACUAAACAAAACUUUCAAACGCUCAAGAUAUUUUCCUGUGAUCUUUCAUUUUAUCUGUCUGUAAAAGUGUGUAUAGUCUUCUCUGAUUCCCCUCACCAUAGAAAGCCACCAUCGAAAAAAUAAUACCCAUGUGAAACAAAUAAAGGUGUCUGUAUUUAAUGGGUAUACGAUGAUAAUGACAAUGAGAUAUGGGACCUUAAAGUGCUCUUUGGCUUGGAAGACCUAGUUACAAUGAAUGGUCAAGACAAUAUUUCAUGAAAAAAACGUAUUAUUGCCAUUAAAUGCUGUAUUACUGUGACCAGCAUAUAUAUAUAUAUAUAUAUAUAUAUAUAUAUAUAUAUAUAUAUAUAUAUAUAUAUACAUACACACACACACACACACACAUAUGUAUAUAUAUUCAAUGUUUGUGUUGUUGUCGUUGUAAAUAACAGUAUGUACUUUGUCCUUUGCCCUUGAAAAACAAAGACUGACAAAAGAUAAUGAGCAAAAGGAGAGAAAGUAUUUUGUUAUUUGUCCUUGGAAGACACAAUAUGUACAUACCUUCAGUAUAUUGUAAAUAAGUGAAAAAGAAUGCUUUGGCUUUUUGUGUGUCAUAAAUAUUCUGUGUACGGCAGGUCAACAGUUAAAAUAUGUUUCAGUGUUUAUUAAAAAUGUC